CCAGCUGGAAUGGAAUUGACCAAUGAGCGCAAGAGAAGUUGCGGAUUGACGUCGAUUGUGACCAAUAGCACAGCUUGUGAAACUGUGUUUAUACCUACCCACUUUUCCGUACAGGGAGACUGUUUUGUGUCUGGACAUCAUGGUGUGGGAGGUGGUGACUCCAACUGUGCUGUCAGGUCACACUAAAUGUCACCAAGGGCCGGAGCCCGAGCCUCAGCCUGAGGACACAGAAAUGAUGAUGGAUGCAGAUGGAGACCAAUCGCAUGAUUCGCUGCGCUGUGACGAACACUUCCCCUCCUUGCCCGGAUUCCCCACCAGUGACAGUUACAUGGAAUAUGAUGACCUCCCAGAUCUACAGGAGGUUCGAGAGGAGACAGAGUCAACAUCACCACCUGUGUACCAGGUGGAGUUGGGUGUGUCACACCAGGAACGAAACACACAGACACACAGACCAGAGCCUCCGGACACACGCUGGCUGACACAGCUAGCACACAUUGCCACUGGACCUCAGAGUCCACUGCUACAGGAGCCUCCUGACAGCAGUUCUUCUUCAGUCUGCAUCCCGAGCAGCAGCAGUGAUCUACAUUCCUACGCUCGGCCUCCUCCUCCUCUCCCCAGCAGCCCCCUGUCGUCCCUCAGAGGUCACGGCAGGGAGCGUCAGCGCUGCAGGACAAGCAGUGAAUGUGGCUCUGCAGUGUCCACCAGAUCUUCUCUGUCUGAUGAUGAAGACAUGGGCUGGAGUUUUUCCUGCCCACCCACUGCCUGGCACUGUUUUCUCAAGGGAACUCGUCUGCAUUUCCACAGCAGCUCAAAUAUAGAGUGGCGGGAAGCUGAGGACUUGGAGUCUGCUGAGGAAGACUCUGCUGAUGAGGAGCAGUCUAGAUUUCUGAAGAGUUAUGGCUCUGAGGGUCUGCAGCUGGUGGAGCAUGCAGAGAUUGUGUUGUCUGGUCAGGCUGUUCUACAACUGACCUUUGACCCCAGCACAUUUGGAUAUAUCCCCCUGACUGCCCGCUGCCAACUGGAUCACCCCUUCUAUGUCAAAAACAAAGGCUGGUCAUCCUUUUACCCCAGCUUGACUGUGGUGCAUUAUGGGAUACCAUGUUAUGAAAUGGAAGUGGGAGAUGUUUGCCUGCCUCCGGGACACAGAGACGCCAAGCACACAGAGGAUUCUCCAGUCUUUGACACAUUUAAAAGUUAUGAUUUCACUCCUCUGGACUCCUCGGCGGUUUACGUAUUGAGCAGUAUGGCGAGAAGGCGACGUGCUUCCCAGUCCAGUGGGGGAGCUGUUUCUCCAGACAGAGACAUGCUUCAAGAUGUGCACAGUCCCAGUCAUUCCCACGCCACUCAGCAAAAGCCCCCCAAAAACCAGCUGCUCAGUACACAAGGAGGCAGCAGCGCCACACCCACUAAGUGCAAGCGGCCAAUGAAUGCAUUCAUGCUGUUUGCCAAGAAGUUCAGAGUGGAGUACACGCAAAUGUACCCGGGCAAAGACAACAGAGCCAUCAGCGUCCUCCUCGGUGAGCGGUGGAAGAAAAUGCGAAGUGAGGAGCGUCGUGUGUUCACCCUGCAGGCCAAAGCACUCGCAGACGAGCAGAAAAGACUCAACCCAGACUGCUGGAAACGGAAACGAACCAACUCUGGCUGUCAAGGAAAUUAAGGCUACAGAAAAGAAAAGAGGACAACUGACAGAGCCUGUUGUGUACACACACACACACGCACUCACAUACGCACAUUAAAAAAAAGAGCUAUGCAUAACCGAAUAUUACGCUUUAGUUCUAUAUUUGUUUUGUCUUGAUCUCCUAAAUCCCUGAAUCCUGUUAUAGUAAUGCAAAAAAACAAAAAAAAACAAACAGCUGGCCCUGGUGAACACCUUGGGCUGCUCUCAACAAACAUCACUUUCCUUUUUCUUGCCUUUCAAAGGUGCUACUUAUAAAAUCUUGAAGUGCUAUAAAUCAUUAUUUCUUAAUAGGAAUUAGCAGAGGUGUCAAACAUCGCCUUUUUUUUGAAAUGCUGCGGAACACCCGUAGUGUCUCCUGCCGGGGACCGGAUAUUUUUCCAAAGAGAUGAACGGAUUUUAGCUCCAAUGAGCAAAGUUCGUCUCUACACGUGAUUCUUACAUCAAUGUGAUAAUAUCCACAAAAAAAGAAGAGAUUCUGAUGAUCUUCAGUUUCUCACACUAUGCUUGAAACAGGUGGAAGUUGUGGUGCUUUUAGCCAAAGUAGAGAAUGUAGCUAUUUUUCCAAAAUUCUAUAUUGUACAAUAAGAAAUAUACAAUUUAUUUUAUUGUCUGUAUUACUUGUAUUUGGACUCAGUGUUAUUGCACAAGACUACAUAUGUUAACUUUGCUUUCAUUUAUCACGUAGCAUUUAAUAAUGAAACACCACAAACUCUUAAACAGGGGCCUGGGUUUUAUUCACCUCCCCACAAAUUAAAUGUGGCCUUUUUUAGCAGCAAUAAUAAUAAUUUGCUGUAUUUUAGUGAGUCUCCAGUAGUGCUUCAGUUUUUCUCAGUAAGGGUUCCUCGUGGAGUUGUUAUGUAAACAAAUGUGUUUACAUUUGGCGUUAGUCACCUAAACCUGCCGUGUCAUUUGGAGGACUGUGCAUCACGUCACCCUUGUGAUCACGUGACAAACCAAGAGACCACAUAAUAUCAUUUGAAUUCAUCAAGUUGAAGUGAUGAAGGGAAAAAUAACCAUUAAAUGUCAACCCAAGUUAAAGCUCUUUCAUCUUUGAGGUUAACAAUUCUAGUGGCCAACAAUGGAGGUAAAGAAAACCAUUGAAAUGUGGUGGUGCAGUAACUCUAGGUCAUCUAAAGAGGGUCAUCUGUGCGCUGGUCCACCAACAACCAGAAACAAGUUGCUUUACAUGUAGACGAGGCUUAAAACUCUACAGGGUUAAAGCUUCCCUGAACUCCUUGAAUCCCUCACUUGCCCAAAGCUUUUAUUUUGAAAUACGAAAUGUAUUUAAGGAAGUAGAACCACACUCUAAUUGUACUUUGAAUUAAAUGACAAUUACUUGGACAGUAAAUAAUCCCACUGCUUAAAGUUUAACUUUACCUGUGACUACUGGUGGCUUGACUUCGUGUAAAAUAAAUAAAUAAAAUAAUAAAAAUAAAUUAGUAAUACAAAUAUAUAUAUAUAUAUAUAUAUAUAUAUAUUCUAGCCACUGUCAGGCAGGUAGUGUGCACACUGAGAAAAAUUAUGACGUGCCCAUUGAUUAACCGCUACUGUGAACAUUCGGUGAAGCUAAAUGCCAAGAAAUCAUCAUGAGCAGUCGAUGUGAUCAGAAACAGGGAAAUGUACGAUGAUGAGGUUUUGUGGUGUAUUUUAUUCAGGAUGUUUUGUUUUUGGCAAAAAUAAACAACUUUGUGAAUGUGUUUACAUGCACAUUGUAAAGAGUAAAGAAGGAAGGACAUUUUACAUUUACGUUGUAAAUGUAAAAUUGUUUACACUGUAAAAUUUAGAAUCUCAAAGAUGAAAAUGGGAAAGGAAAUAAAGCAGCCCUGAGGCCUCACUGAUAGUAGGGAAUGCUUGCCAAAGGCACUAAGAAGAAUUCUGGUAUACAGUCAUAAGCAUUAAAAAAAAACUAACAGUACUGUUCCUCUUACUAAAUAACUGAAAGUGAAACGCGUCUCAGUUCGGAAAACCUUCUGCCUGAAAAGCGCGACCCGGGGCUGAAUCGUCAUACCUUAAUAAAAAAACAGGAGAUAUUCCCCGUGUGCAUGUAAACACACCCACUGCUAGAAAUGUUUGGAAUUCAACAGGUGUAUGGGAACUCAGCUGUGUGAGGAUUUAGAGAUGUCACACAAUUAUUAUGAGAGAGUGGGUUUGUGUAGAUUUGCUAUCCAGGCAGAGUGCAGGAAGGGUGGGCACUCUUAACUCCCACUGCACAACGAGGUUUAUUCUUAAUGCACUAUAUACACUUUAUCUACUAGUUUUUUGUGACUGCUACAGUAUAAUGUGUAAAGAUAAACAUUAAUAUGAUCAUAUAGAAAUCUAUAUUUUUGGUUUUGACUUAUCUUUGGUAACUUUUCGUGGUUGUGCUUUGGAUUAUUUGACUUUUUGUCUUUGCCAUCAUGUCAUGUACAGGUCCAUCAGGGGAGACAAUGCAAUACAGUGUAUUAUAGUCAAAAUAAAAGUGUGAUAAACAUGUAAUGCUCCAUGUCUUUACUUCUCUUUGAGUCCAAUAAUGAUAAUUUGAAAAGACGAGAAGAUGUCUACAAUAAAGGUUUGAACAAAUCUUUAAUCUUGUUGCAUUAUACAUACAGCACCAGUUCAUAGCUGGAGAUAAAGGUGUAGACAUUAAGCUGCUACUGUAAUUAUAGAGAUAAAAAGAGAUGCCAUUUCAUUAAAACUAUAAACAUGAUCAAUUUUUCCAGGCUAAAAUUAUCAAAUAGAAUCCACACAGUUAUAUAUAUAUAUGUAUGUGUGUGUGUGUGUGUGUGUGGAAAGGACUAGAAAAUCACUUUUUGUAGUAAAAUAGAAAAUAUGUAGAGGUACAGUAUAAACAUACAGUAAUUUGGCCUUUAAAGUAUUCUGGGAUCUUUACACAUAAAGACUUUUUAUUCCAGUUAGGACUGCUCUGAGCGUGUUCAGCUGCGGUCUCUGUGAUUUACACCAGAAAGAGAUUCACAGGUUGGCUAAAUGUGUCUGACGCAAUAGAAAAUACUUGGACCCUUUUAGAAAAAUGGAAACAGUCACAGCAAGCACUACCAAGAAUUUCAUUGCCAGCCUGUGCCGCUGAGUAUUAACAGAACGUUAAGCCUCCCAAAAUAUCAAGAAUAUGGGCAGUUUCUAUUAUUUCCUCCCUUGUCUCGUUUCACAGCAGUAAAUUUUUACAACGUGAUGGCAAAAAAAGAAAAAAAAAAUCUUAUCUCUGCCUACAUCUAUAAGAAAAUAAGAAAUGUCAUCUCUUAAGAUUUAUUUUCAAAUGGAUUUUGAGCCGCACAUCACUUUAAAUCCCAGAUUUGAUCUUUUUUGUUUCUUUUUUCCUUUUUUAAACAAAACAGCUGAAACUGAUGGCAUUUUUUUUUAACAAGAUCACCAACACAGGGAAUUUAAGAAAAUAGAUAAAAAUACCUCACCAGGAUUUUGGCAUAUUAGUCACACAAACAGGUUUUUAAAAGUACAAUAACGUGACGUACAAAAGGCACUGGGUACCACGGACCAUGGAGCCAGUUGCAAGGUGACGUAAACGUUAAAAAAAAAAAAAAACGAGCAGUUGCUUCAGUUCUCACCAGUGAGGCCUCGGA